UUCCACUUUGCAUUGAACAAGUCUGAGCAUUUUUCCCAUACAAAGUAAACGAUUGAAGACUUUGAGUGAUCUUUUAAGCCACCAAAAAAGAAUUUUCCCGAGAAAAUGACCACUUUCCCGGUGAUCAACUUAGAGAAGCUUAAUGGUGAAGAGAGAGCUGCAGCCAUGGAUCAAAUCAAAGAUGCCUGUGAAAACUGGGGUUUUUUUGAGGUGCUCGACCAUGGGAUUCCCCAUGAUUUUCUCGACACCGUCGAGCGAUUAACGAAAGAGCAUUACAAGAAAUGCAUGGAACAGAGGUUCAAAGAGCUCGUAGCGAGCAAGGCACUCGAAGGUCUCGAAGCCGAGGUUACAGAUAUGGACUGGGAAAGCACAUUUUUCUUGCGCCAUCUCCCUGAAUCAAACAUGGCUGAAAUCCCAGAUCUCACCGAUGAAUACAGGGAGGUGAUGAAGGAGUUUGCUGCGAAAUUGGAGAAGCUAGCUGAGGAGCUGUUGGACUUGUUGUGUGAGAAUCUUGGACUUGAAAAAGGGUACUUGAAGAAGGCUUUCUAUGGGGCAAAGGGCCCAACCUUUGGCACCAAAGUUAGCAACUAUCCGCCGUGUCCGACACCAGACAAAAUCAAAGGACUCCGAGCCCAUACCGAUGCCGGCGGCAUCAUAUUGCUGUUCCAAGACCCUGUGGUCGGCGGCCUUCAGCUUCUUAAAGACGGGGAGUGGGUCGAUGUUCCCCCACUUCGCCACUCCAUUGUUAUCAAUCUUGGGGAUCAGCUCGAGGUAAUGACCAAUGGGAAAUACAAGAGUGUAGAGCACCGAGUGAUUGCCCAAACCAACGGAGCUCGGAUGUCAAUAGCUUCAUUCUACAAUCCCGGAAACGACGCCAUAAUCUGUCCCGCACCGCAGCUGGUGGAGGAAGAGAAGAAACAAGUUUACCCCAAAUUUGUGUUUGAGGACUACAUGAAACUGUAUGCAGGGUUGAAAUUCCAAGCCAAAGAACCAAGAUUUGAAGCCAUGAAAGCCGUGGAGACUACUGCUCCCAUUGCAACAGCUUAAAAUAGAGUACUAUAGGUGUUCGAUGUUCAUUUAUGUUAAACUUUUCUUACCAUAGCUGUGUGUUGCACUGUUAAUUUAUUAGUGUCAAAAGAGGUUUUAUUGUAUGAAUAAUGUUUUGUCGUUUUAUGUAUUAAAAAGGGUUCGCCUCACA